AUGGCGUCGCUUGUCGGCGUCGCACUUGCCCAAGCAUCUGAGCGUUCUUCCCUGAAUAUCGCAAGGGACCCGCUCAACUGGUGCGGCCAGGGUGAUAAAGCUCAUGGAAUUGGAAGAGAAGACGACUUGGCCGCUCUUGAGGCAUUCUCCAAGCGCUCCUUGAACACAGAGCAGGACUCUAUUCACGUACCUGUUAAGGUCUUCCUGGUCGGAACGGAAGAACAGCGAAAGUCGGUCAAAAACAGACACGAAAUCCAGCGGAUCGGGACCACCCUCGAGGAAGGCUACGCCAAGCACGGCAUCAUCUUCGGCCCCAUCGAGACGUACGAGGUCGCCAACGACGCAUACGCCGACAUGAACCACAUGGAGGACCGAUAUACCCAAACUCGGAUUAUGCAGCAAUCGCUUCGCAUCGGCGGACCCGAGACUUUGAAUCUGUACAUUGUGCCGAAGUUGAAUAUCGGCCUCCUCGGGUACGCCUCUUUUCCUGAUUUAUUGACAGGCGCCAUCGUUGUCCCGGGAGCCCAAGGAACAUCGCUUGGUGGGGACGGCGUCGUCAUUGGCUAUAGCGCUAUGGACGGUCCUCUGUUCAACAAGGCGGUAGUUCACGAGAUAGGACACUGGUUGGGGCUCUUCCACCCGUUUCAGGGCGGCUGCGCCGUCCCCGACGGUGACUAUGUCCCGGACACGCCGCAGUCCCGACACGAAAACUUCGCAUGCAAGCGUAAGGACACGUGCCCUGGCUUUCCGGGCGAAGAUCUGGUCUGGAAUUACAUGGCGUACUCGAUGUGUGACAAGGACCUCUCCUUCACAGCUGGUCAAGUCCUUUUCAUGCGUCAAUCUUGGCAUAGUUACCGCGAACCCAAGACCAGAGACCUUCCUGCAGACGCGAAUGUCCCUAUUCGGACAACAUCUAGUAAGGACAUGAUUGUCCGUCCGAGAUUCUCACAGUAA